AUGACACAACUGCCACCGCACAUCAUCAGCAACAUCGCACGAUAUGCGGCAACAGUACCGGACAGACAACUCGACAUUCUCGCGCUCUGCUCUGAUGCCUAUCUCGGCGCCAUCCCCACUCUCUAUCAUUCCCCUCAUCUCGCUUCCAGCUACGACUCCUUCUUUCUCAACACGGCCACAAACCUUCCCGCCGACUUUGCCUCCCUCACACCAGCUCAACUCGUCAGGUCCGGUCAUAACAAAGCGGCUGCCCUGCGCUAUGUCCAUCACCUUCAUAUCGACAUUCCUUGGUUCGCGCAGAACAAGGUGUACACCGCGGCGUCAAGGGAGGAGCGAGUGGACAUAAUCCGCUGCGAGCGGGAGGAGCAUGACGCCACGGAGGCGUCGAAGCAGCUCGUCGCAGCCUUCCGGAGCCUGGAGCCAAUCCCGAUCGGAAACAGCAUCAUGCCCAGCCUCAACAGCGUCCAGGUGGGCAUGCGGGGCGGGGUCCGACCGGCUCUUAAUGAUCCGAGCGACUACCUGCCGGUGAGAGAGUUCUUCCGGGCCCUCUUCCGUCGCACAAGGCCGACGGUGUGGUGCCAGAACCCAGCGCGGAUCGCGGGGAUCGUAAGCCACAUCGUGGGCAAAUCACACGCCCAACGCGACAUCAUUCCGCCCGAGGUCCACCUCCACGCUUACUUCUCGGAGGUCCUGGAGAUCAGGACGGGCUGUACCACGUUCAUAUACGUGCACGGCGCCGCCUCCGCUUCGGAAUCGGACCUCGCCGGUCUAACCAGGUGGCUCGGAGAGUCCAUUCGGCGUUCCUUUUCGCGUCCGGUAAUGCAUGAGGACCCGAUGCCGCUACGGAAGACGAUCGUCGAGCGUACUAGGAUCGUCAUCUCCGGGCUGCCAGUGACCGGCCUCACGGUCCCCGUCGCGGGUUCGUCGACCUCGGCGGAACCAACGGGCGGCGGCGAGGGCGAGGCGGAAUGCGGCGAGUUGCGUAAGAUGGUUGAGAGGAUCAGGGCGGCGGCGAGAGGACAUCACGUCGGCCCGCAAUGGUAUGCCCCUCUGCAGAUCGAGGUGAGGGGGCCGGCUACUACACUGCCUUGUCCCGGAUGCGGGGUGGCACCGUGA